AUGGUUAAUUUUUUCAAGCAUAGUUUUCCAGAAGCCAAUAGGCAAUUUGUUGUCAAAAAAAUACAAAGCUUACGUGGAUCAUUCAGAAAAGAAAUGAAAAAAGUGAUGGAAAGGCAACGUAGUGGUUCUUAUAAGGAUGAUAUUUAUGUACCUUCACUGUGGUAUUAUGAUUUAUUAUUAUUCACUAAAGACCAAGAAAUAUCCAUGGACAAUAUUUCAAAUUUGGGUGAAAAUGAAUGUCCUGUGAUGAAUGAACCGAUGCUUGAUGAUGAUGAAUCAAAUUAUAUAACUGACAAUACAGAAACAAUUAAUUCAAUUGUGCCUGAGGAUCAACCACAAAACACGGUAAUAUUCUAUUCAUAUUUAAAUUUCAUUAUUUAA